CAAGAGUGUCCUACAAGAGUGUCCCAGAAGAGUGUCCCACAAGAGUGUCUUACAAGAGUGUCGUUUGGACAUAUGUAGUUGUUCGAUCGUGUUUGCGUUCGGGUUCGUGGGUUCCAUCUGGUUUUGCGGCGGAAAGGGUUUUUUCGGCGCUUGGAGGCUUCAAAGUAGCACAAAACGACGGUGCUUACACGCCUCCUCCAGGGUUACGCCUGAUUCCCUGCUACCUUUCGUUCACCCCCUCCUCUCUCAAGUAGUAGUAAGGCCAGGAGCCCCUAGUAGCGUCCUUGCUCCUAGUAGCGAUGCCAGGAGCUACUAGUAGCGUCCUUGUGUAUAUAUAUAUAUUCUUUUUUCAGGAGCACGAAUGUUUGGUGACACUUUUUCCCAGAAUCUGAUGAUUUGACAUCUCCUUCUCAAUGGAAUUAUUGCGGAAGACUUUCCACCCCGAACUAAUCUAAUUUGUAAUUUGCGUAGUAUAAACUUUCUUCAGGGUGGAACUCCUCUGCCAAAAUUUCACUGUGAUCCUGUGUAGGAUUAAAGGGCAAAGGGUUGCAGGUCAUGUAUUCACACGCUUGCUACCAACUGUUGUCCUGUCUGUGUAUAUACAAAUACAACCACGAGUAACUGACACACUGACGCAUUUGAGGCCACUACAUUGGGCUUGUGCGAUGUCGGCCUUUAAGCAAUUUGGGUGGCCAGAGCGGCCACUGGUGUGCUUACAUGGGCACGCGCUCGCUGAGAAGGCUGGGUUGCGGAUUGCGGAGGACUUGAAGUUGCCGAUUAGCCAUGAGGAGACGCUCUUCAGCACGCCGGAAGACGUGGAUGCGCUCAUGACCUUAUUCAGCAGUUAUCCGUAUCCCAAGAACAAGGUCUUCAUCCGACGUGGUCAUGGGUUCCUGAUUCUUGCAGACACUGUUGACUCUGCAACGCAGGAGUUGAAAAGCCUUCAGCGGCACUUCGAGAAAUGACUCCUUGAGAGUGCUUCAGAGUAGUUAGCAACUUGGCAUCCAAAGAGGAGGCACGUCCUUUGCAGAAA